UGGAUCGCCACGAUUUGCUGCAAGCGUUUGUUCUGUCCACGAGUCCGACGCUGGCUCGCUAUUCGCCAGUCCGCGUUAUCGGUCGCAGAGUGAGUGUCUCGAACUAAGCAAUCGCCUUCGGGUGAGGCUAGGUAGUCUUGGAGGCCGAGAAGAGAGCGUUGGUAUCGAUGAAGCUUUUGGUUUUUCUCAAUCUCGGGGCCCUGAUGUUGUUGACGACUUAGUCUUGGUUGUCGAGGAAGAUCCUAAACAGGAAGUAGCGGAACAACGUGAAGAGGAGAUGGUCAUGGUGGUUGAAGAAGAUCCAUGUGAAUCACCUAAGGAGGAUCGGGGUAGAAGGAGACAACGGCCCAAAGUGGACGAGAGAGACCAUUUCUCUACACGUUACAUGCAGCCCGAGAUGAAGACGACUGUCAUGCUACGUAAUAUUCCCAAUAAGUAUACUCAAAGGAUGCUUCUGGACGUUAUUCGAGCGAAAGGUUUCGAUUCCGAGUUCAACUUUUUCUAUCUCCCAAUUGACUUUCGGAACCGCUGUAACAUGGGGUAUGCAUUUGUCAACUUCGUUGAUCACGAUGUGGCCAUGAAGUUUAUGAAUGCUUUUGAAGGCUACAAACUUGAGGGGUUCAACUCGCUCAAAGUCUGUCAAACCGGUUUCUCCCGGAUCCAGGGUCUGGAUGCGAACAUCAACCACUACCGCAACUCCCCUGUGAACUAUGUCUCGAUACCGGAGUAUCGUCCCUUGUGGUUUGUGGGAGGGAAGGAGAUGCCUUUCCCCGGUCCGUCGCAGAACACUCGAAAGGCUCCUCAACAUGGUCAUCGCCCGCGACCAUGAAACGGUCGAUACUGAGGGCUUUGUAGUCUACUGUGUAUAAUUGUUAGUAUAUCUAUUGUCUUGUUUACGUCACUUUAUUCAUUUCUGGGUCAGAAUGCAUAUCCGGGAUUGCCUGGAAACUGUUUCCUUAAUCGUGAUAGGAACCUACGCUCGUAGUUCUGAGUUGAUGAGAAUACUCAGCGUGGU